AUGCCACCUUCAGAUACAGGCAAAUUAUGGGGCGGUCGUUUCAGCGGAUCAGUCGAUCCACUCAUGGUCGAGUACAAUCAAUCGAUUUACUACGAUCGCAUCUUUUACAAGCAAGACAUUGCAGGCUCGAUUGCGUGGGCAAGAGCAAACAAGAACGUGGGCAUUCUAUCGGAUGAUGAGUACAAAAGGAUCGUUGAAGGCUUGAAGGAGGUAGAAAAAGAAUGGGAAGAUAAUACAUUUGAGAUCAAACCGGGCAUUGACGAGAACGCUCAGCCCGUCCGCUGGUCACACUGGCUGUGCUCUUACGCCCUCGCCUUCGCUUCCGACCUCGAACGCCUCCUUGAAGUCACCAAACGUGUCAACAAGUCUCCGCUAGGAUGUGGAGCUUUAGCUGGCAACCCUUUCGGUGUUGACAGAGACGCGAUAGCGAAGGAGCUAGGCUUUGAAGGCCUAUUGAUGAAUUCGCUGGGAGCGGUAGCGGAUCGUAAAUUCGCUUUGGAGACAAUGCAGUGGGCUGCGGAACUGAUGACCGACAUUUCGAGAAUAAGUGAAGACUUGAUACUGUACGGGAGUGCGCAAUAUGGGUUUGUUAGGUUGGCGGACGCGUACAGCACGGGAAGUUCCCUCAUGCCUCAGAAGGCAAAUCAGAAAAAUUCCGACUCCCUCGAACUUCUUCGAGGCAAAUCGGGUCGUGUAAUCGGGCAGAUGGUUGGCUUGAAUUGCACAAUCAAAGGCCUCCCCAGUACCUAUAACAAAGAUCUUCAAGAGUCUGUCGAGCCGCUGAUUGACUGCGUAAAGACUGUCUCCGACUCUGUUCGCAUUCUUAAUGGAGUCAUCUCAACUCUUGAUAUCUUCCCUAACAAGAUGCUCGCCGCACUAGAGCCAGGAAUGCUAGCCACCGAUCUCGCGGACUAUCUGGUCAAAAAGGGAGUGCCGUUCAGGGAGGCACAUCAUGUCAGUGGGCAGGUUGUAUCGCUGACAGAGAGUAAGGGGAUAGCGAUGGAUCAGCUGAGUCAUAAAGAUUUGCAGGGAGUUGAUCGUAGAUUAGGUUCGGAUUUCGUCUUUGAUUAUGAGAGCAGUGUGGAGAUGCGGACGUCGAAAGGGGGUACGAGUAAGUCAAGUGUGAGGGAACAGAUAGAGCUGCUGAAAACUUUGGUUUCUGAGAGCUGA